CAAAAUAUGUAAACAAUUAACAAUUAAUUAAAUUAAAUUAAUUAAUUGGCAAGCAGGACUGGACCAUGGGCUCGGAGGACAAGGCAAACCUCUUGCGGGUGUUGAUUAACUGUGCGGAAAAGGCGGCGAAUAUAGCCAGGACAUGCCGGGUGAAUGAACAGCUGCUGUCGCUGCUCGUCCAGGAAAAGUCGGAAGGAGAGGCCAACGAGCGGUUCGAGCACGAUUUUAAAACGCUGGCCGAUGUGCUCAUCCAGGAGACCAUCAAACACGAGGUGGGCGCGGUCUUUCCCCAGAUGCAGGACGCCAUUCUCGGCGAGGAGUCGCCCAACUUUACCAACAAGCUGGAAGAGAGUGUCACCGUUGCUGUGGGGGCAUAUGAAGCGGACACCACCGCCUGCCUGGAGGCGGUACUCAGUGGACAUGAGGGUGCAGCAAGCGCACUGGCCGGCGAAGUGCAUCGCGUAGUCAACUUUGAGAGCAGCUCGCUGGGCGAGAUUCCAGAGCUUCCCGAGGAGCUGGACUAUGCCAAUCUGGGCAUAUGGAUUGAUCCAAUUGACGCCACCGCAGAGUACAUCUCAGGCGACACGAUGUUCACCAACUUUCCCGGCAUCACCUCCACCGGCCUGGACUGUGUAACCGUUUUGAUAGGCGUCUAUGAACGAGACACGGGCAUUCCCGUAAUUGGAGUCGUUGCUCAGCCCUUUGGCAAUAAGCUGGACGAGCACGUGUACAGCUCCUCGAUGUUUUGGGGCGUCUGCCUGCCGAGUCUGCAGGCCCACAACUGUCACUUUGAGGCGCGCGACGAGCAUCGGCAGCUUGCCAUCUUCUCCAGCUCUGAGCAGUCGGAUAUACUCCAGCGAUUGCUCGACCUGGGCUACGAGUUUGCAUUCUCCGCAGGCGCCGGGCACAAGGCCCUGAAAGUCAUCACCCGAGAGGUGGAAUUGUAUCUCCUCAGCAAGGGGUCCACGUUCAAGUGGGACACCUGUGCACCGCAGGCGAUUCUACGCGCUCUGGGCGGUGACGUCUUCGACUUUGGUGCGAGCGUGUCGGAGCAGAAGCCAGUGGCCCUCAAGUACCUGAUGCAGAACUCUGAAACCGAUUGGAAGCGAAAUGCAACUGGCAUCAUCGCCGUACGCAACAUUGAUGCGAUGGAGGUGCUCCUCGCCAAGCUGGCAGAACAAUGAAUGCUGUUGUAAUCUCUCAUUAUAAGUGUUGUAAUUGAAUCUCCAAUAGUGGAAAGAUAAAUGUUGUGGAAUGUUUACCAGUGGAUAUGUAUUUAUAUUAUAUCGAAAUAUUUAUUGAUUUAUGUAUGUUAUUAAACGAUCGUCUACGCAGGACCUGCCAAGUCGAGAAACAAAACAAAAAGCAAAAAAUAAACGAAUGUUUUCCAAAAAAA